AUGCAGAUGGAAGCCUCACAGGCAGAGGACUCCCAGAGCAGCCUGAGCAGGAGGCCCAGUCUUGAGGAGCUCUUUUAUUCGAACAGACCAGUCUUCAGUGAUAGGACCAGCGACAGGACCAGUGCUUGUACCAGUGUCCCACUGUGCCCCUCUCCCGUCAGCCUCGACUUGUUCUCUCCUCACAGCAGCUCCUGGGUCAAUCACAGCGGUGUGCAGGACUUCCACUCAGAGAAAGCAGUUACAGAAAUGUCCUGCUGCAUCUCUCCUGACAUUCCAUCAUCAAAUAAUCCUUUAGAGGUUCCAAAACCAUAUCCUGCAUCCACCCAGUACAGCUCCAAAUAUUCUCUCCAAAAGUGUUCCCCAUCUUGUCAAGAAAGCCCCUCACAGUUCCCCAAGCCCAUCUACUCAUACAGCAUUCUGAUCUUCAUGGCUCUGAAGAACAGCCAAACUGGGAGCCUGCCGGUCAGUGAGAUCUACAGCUUCAUCAUGGAACACUUCCCAUAUUUUAAGACAGCUCCUGAUGGUUGGAAGAACUCGGUGCGGCACAACCUUUCCCUGAACAAGUGCUUUGAGAAGGUGGAAAACAAAAAAGGAAACUCGUCUCGAAAAGGUUGUCUGUGGGCCCUUAAUCCGUCUAAAGUGGACAAAAUGCAAGAGGAGCUUCACAAGUGGCGACGCAAAGACCUGGGGAGAGUGCGCAGAAGCAUGUCCAAACCAGAAGGUCUGGAUCACCUGCUUGGAGUGAAAACCAAUGCAUUCAGAUCGUUGGCUCCUUCUCGGGCCUACAUGUACUCCAGUGCUUCAGGCUUUAGCUCCAAGCAUCCUCCAUGUUACUCCUCACCACAUUACCAUAAGUCCUUCAACCUCUCCCAGUCUGCCCCUUAUCCAACUCUCCCCCGGCCUCUGUUCCCUCCCUAUAACCAGCAUGCAUUCACCCCCCGCUGCACCAGCUCUCCAGGGAUCCAGAAGAGGUCUCCUGCCCACGAUGCACACAGUCGAAGGAGCGCGCACGAUUUGUUCUCGGACGGAGAUAGUAACAGUGACAUCGACGCCCUGAAUCCCAGUCUGACAGACCUGCAGCUGCAAGGAACCUUAUGGGAGGAGUUAAAAGAAGACAGUGCCCGAGUCAUCCCCUCUUUGAGCCCCUCUAUGGUGGAGACUGUUUCUGUUGAGCAGAGCGGUUACCUGCAUCCGAAUGCCUCCCUCUCCUCCGAGCGAAUGACUGGUCCAGACAAGAGCCUUCAUGUGGACACAGAGAGGCUGUGGGGACAGGACCACAACUAUCUGCCCGGAGUCUACUCUGGAAUGGAGACUUUCACUGGCUGUCUGAGCUCAUGA